AUGUCAUCUGGAAAUAUGACAAUAGUUAAAUACCAAUGUAAGGUAAACAAAUCUGUAAAAUUGGUUUGCAAUUUUAUAACCAAAUACAUCAACUCAACAAGCCAUAACAACAAACCUCAAAUGAUAAUGUUGUAUAACACUCACAAAGUUGGAGUGGAUCGCUAUGACCAACUUAUUCAUUAUAACGAUGUGAGUAGGAGAAGCAAUAGGUUUACACUUUCUUGCUUUUAUGAUAUUAUUAAUUGUGCAGUUACAAAUGCAUACAUUCUAUUCAAUAAUACACAUCAACACUCAACUCAUAAGAAUUUUGUUGAAUCCCUUUCAAAUCAAAUUGUUGGAAGUAUCCCUCCUGGACCAAACUGCCUUAUGUUAUUUGUGUUAUCGAGAUGGAGUAACAAGGAAUUCUUCGAGGGUCUGUUAUAA